AUGAAAGAGUCUAAUGGAGAGCGCCGUAUUGUUCCUCUCCAAACUGAGGCCGAGAGGUACAACGCCUCGAGAUUGAAAUCCGAGAUCAAUGUACAGCGUUGCCACCUUGAAGCCGUGCAUGAUCGUCUCGAUACUGCCGCCUCCAAUUACGCCGAAGAAAUCGACAUUCUCAUUCGCAAGUUGAAGAAGGUGGAUGAGGGGGAUUCUACGUUGGAGUUGCACGUUGACGCCAUCAAUGACACCCUUGAAAAGAACAGAAACUCCAUGAGAGCGCUGAUCGCAAAUCUUGCCAGCCUCGCUGGCCUAACAAAGGCCAACAGAAAGCGUGAUAUUGAGGAAGAUGGGUUUCUUUUUGUCGACCGUGAGUCUAACUAG